AUGUCCAACAACUCAUCACAACUCUCCUUGGGUUGUGCCCAUUUCAGACUUGCGAGCGAAAACGUGGCUGUGUCCUACCUCUUCUUCAUCUUGUUCCCCAUUGCAUUGCUGCUCAAUGGCGUAGCAGCCUGGGUAUCUCUCCACCUCCGGUCCACAUCCACCUUCAUAGUGUAUCUCAAAAACCUGGUGGCUGCUGACCUGCUCAUGACCCUGACACUCCCGCUGAUGGGAGCUAGCAUGCUCCCAAAAGCCACAGUGCAGUUAAAGGCGUUUGCGUGCCGUUACUCCAAUGUCAUUUUCUACAGCUGUUUGUACACAAGCAUUGCUCUAAUGGGUCUCAUCAGUCUGGACCGCUUCUUCAAAAUUGUUAGACCAUGUGGAAAUCUGCUGGGACAAAGCCUGGCCUUCAGUGUUGUAAUGUCCUCCUUGGUUUGGGUUGUGUUAUUUGGCAGCACAGCUAUCCCAACUAUGAUUCUAACUGACCAGGAUCCUGUUAAUAUAACAGGAGAUUUCUGUAUGUCCCUGAAAAGUCCAGCUGGUCUGACUCUUCAAAAGUUUGUGGUUCUAUUUAUGGAGAUGUUAUUCUGGUUUGUCAGCUUGCUGAUUGUGUUUUGCUACAUCUGCAUCACCCUGAAAGUCCUGCAGUCCUUCAGAAACUCCGGGAGCAACAACAGCCAUGGGAAGAAGAAGACCAAGCUGCGAGUCUUCUUGAUCCUCUUUGUGUUUUUUGUGUGUUUUUUGCCUCUUCACAUGAUGCGCAUUCCAUUCACACUGUAUGAAAUCUUUGGCAUUAAUGUCUGUGUUGAAGCGUGGAUGAUGUUAUCCCAUAAAUUUGUCCUGUGGGUCUCUACUACUAAUGCCUGCCUGGACCCUCUUCUCUACAUGUACCUGUGUAGGGAGUUUAAAGACAAACUGUCGGAUAUGAUGAAAGCUGGAGGUAUCUGUGUUGGGUUAUAUUCAGGUGAAAGAGAGGAGACUUCACAGUAG